CCCUGACCUCGUCCAACACUCUGCCCACUGUGGGAAUCUACUACUACACUCUACCUGAUAAAUAUGCAGCCUCUGUUUAAACAGUCCAAGAAGAUGGCUCAGGCCUAAUCAUUAACACAGGCACAGAUAAUCCAGAUCUACUUGUAGAAGGAGAGGAGAAAAAGAAACUCGUAAGAAAUGUGGGCGUGAGGACAUCAAAAUCCAUAGAAACCUCCAGUUAUAUAAGACAUGGGCAUAGGCAUCUACAGAAAUCAGGCACAGGUAUACAAUUUAUGCAGAAAUAAGAUUCAUUCAUUCACACACACACUCUGUAGAAAUAAUGUGUAGAUGUGGAAAUAAAAUAGGCUGGCUGGGGAAUUCUGAGAGUUGAAGCCCACACAUUUUGAGGUUGCCACGGUUGAGAAACACUGGUUUAGAAGCUGUGACUUAUCAUCAAAUCCCACUUGGCCCAUUAAGGUCCUGGGAAAACCUUAGGCCAGGCCUCAUCUUUCUGUCUAACCUACUCCACAGGGUGGUUGUGAAACAAAAGGAGAUGGAUGCAUGCCAUCCUGAGCUGCUUGGAAGACAGGGUAGGAUAGAAAUGACCGUGUCACUAAAGCUGAGCACCAUGACGUUGCCCGUGGCUCUUAAGCAGCUUUUUUGAUCCUCGUGUUCUCCUAACCCGACCGGCUUUGUUCGCUAAUGAGGGCAGAGGACAGCUGCGCUAAACACAAGUAUUAAAAGCCCUAGAGAGAAGCAAGCUUGAACUCUGCCAACAAUGAAGCAGGAGAAAUGCUGGAACGGGCUGGGCACUAGGACCUUGGGGCGGGUACCUGGCUCAGAAGUGGUACCCGCUUGGCUGGAAGCAGAAGACAUCCGAGCUGUUUGGAGCAUCAUUGCUACGGAAUCAUGGCCAGCCAGACCCAAGGAAUUCAGCAGCUGCUGCAGGCGGAGAAGAGGGCUGCGGAGAAGGUGGCGGAGGCUCGAAAACGAAAGGCCAGGCGGCUGAAGCAGGCCAAGGAAGAAGCCCAGGCUGAAAUUGAGCAAUAUCGUUUGGAGCGCGAGAGGGAGUUCCAGCAAAAACAACAGGCGGCUCUGGGCUCGCAAGGGAAUCUGUCUGCAGAAGUGGAGGCUCAGACCCGCAAAAAGCUACAAGCUAUGCACGGAGGGCAAGCUCGGGGCAAGGACCAGGUCCUGCGUCACCUUCUCACUGCUGUGUGGAAAGUGCAGCCUCAAAUUCACCCCAAUUUCCGCCUGGCUGUCUAAAGGGCCCAGCGACCCUGCCUGCAGUUGUCCGGGGGACCUCUGACGUACUCGAAGGCCUUUGACCUCCAAAAUAUAAAUUUUAGAUGCCCAAGUGCCCUAUUCCCCUACUUCCACCUACAGCUUCACUGAAUCCUACAGAUCUAACAUCCUGUUCUCCCAAAAGCUUCCCCUUCAUUCUUUACCCCUGCUUUGCUGUAUCUUGAAUCAAGGCUCUGAAUUGCAUUGGAUAGUAUGAGUAACCCAUUAUGCCCAACAGAUGCAAAAGAGAGGAACUUCCUACUUCUUCUGGACAUUGGCCACACUCUUCAUACCAAGACACGCGCCAGCUUUCAAAGUACAUCUAUAGGUUAUUCUCUAUCUAUUUUAUUCAUUCAUUCAUUCAUUCAUUCAUUCAUUCAUUCAU